UGCCCUUGGCAGGGAAAGCGGCAGCAGCAGUGCUCUCUGGAAACACCAAACACUCAGCUUUUUAUGUAAAAAGUUGUAAUGGGGUUCAGAGUGGCUGUUCUGUUUGGGUUUGUGCUCCUCCUCUCUGCUGGAAGCUUCUGCUCCGCGGCCCAGAACCGGCCAGUCGUUGGCACCAACCAGACCCAGGAGCAGGUGGCGGCGAUCUCCCAGCAGGCGGCGGCGGAGCAGCAGGCCAACCGGUCGGACCAGAGUCGUCCGGCCCACUCUCCCUACACCAUCCGGCUCAGGAUCCACCAGCUCAAGAACCCAGCCGUCGGCACCAAGCAGGACCUGAAGCAGGCCCAAGAGAACCCGCCGGGGGUGCAGCCCAGAGGCUUCUCCUCACAGCAGGCGAGGCAGUGGGAGGAGGCGGCGCCGGCCCGCAGCUUAGAACCGAUCCUGCUCCCUGGGAAGGAACCAAAGAUGCUGGUGAGCUCCGAGCGGCGCGCGCCUGUGCCGGCUGACAGCGUGUCGGUGCGCUGUGGCGAGGACAAGGUCAUCGUGGCGGUCCAGCAGAACUUUUUAGGAAAUGGGAAGCUGAUCCAUCCCGGCGAUUUGACCUUAGGAGGCUGUGCGGCAGUGGACGCCGUGGACCGAAUCCUGCUCUUCCAGGCGGAGCUGCAGGGCUGCGGCAGCACCGUGAAGACGACGGAGGAGAAUCUCGUCUACGCCUUCCCUCUGAAGUAUCUGCCCACGCCCAUCGGCACCACGCCCAUUCUGAAGACCAACGCCGCCGAGGUGACCGUCGAGUGCCACUAUCAAAGGAAGCACGUUGUCAGCAGCGGCGCCUUGAAGCCAACCUGGGAGACGCAGGCCGUCCAGCUGGGUGCAGAACAGCGACUGCAGUUCUCGCUACGUCUCAUGACAGAGGACUGGCAGUGGCAGCGGCCCUCCAACGUCUACUACCUGAAUGACGUGAUGCACGUGGAGGCGUCGGUGCUGCAGGGUCACCACGUUCCCCUCAGGGUGUUCGUGGACAGCUGCGUGGCCACCAUGAGCCCCCACCCCGGAGGGAAACCCCAAUACGCCUUCAUCAACAACCACGGGUGUUUAACUGACGCAAAGCAGACGGGAGAGCAGUCCUACUUCAUGCAGAGGCUGCAGGAGAAUAAACUUCACUUCCAGCUGAAAACCUUCAGGUUCAACCAUGAAGACGACAAUUCGUUCUACAUCACCUGCCACCUGAAAGCGACCAAGCUGGACGCUCCCAUCGACUGGCAGCACAAAGCCUGCUCGUUCCUGCCCGAGGCCAAAAGAUGGGUGGCGUCAGGUGGAGACAACAAGGUGUGCAGCUGCUGCGAUAGCAGCUGCAGCGAGCCGAGGAGGAUGAGGAGGAGUCCCGCCGCAGAUGCUGAGCUGCAGGUGGAGGGAACCGUGGUUCUGGGCCCGAUCCUUGUCAUGAAGGAGGUCCACGAGGAGCUGCCUGCAGGACCAGAGCUUCCAACGGAACCUGUUCCCGAGCUCCAAACGCAGGAAGAGGAGCCUGACGCCGCGUCUCUCCUGCCCGCCGCCCUGCUGUGUGGGGCAGGUGCCACGCUGGCCGGGAUGGUGGUGUUCCUGAGCUCUGUCGUCUGCAGCAGACCUCGCAAACCCACCGUGUUUUCGGUUUCCUCCUGAUUUAAGGCAAUAAAACUAUUUAUAUCCAAA